UCCCGCGGCAAGAAGUGGUUAUUACCUAAAUUCGGCCCGCGGAUCGAUCGAACCAGUGCUCUCUACCGUUCGUUACAAACGUAUUCAAGAAACCGUCCGUCGACGACGAUUCUCGUCUUGAGUGUCCCUUUCCUCGAAACGAGUCGCUUAAGAAACGAGCGAAGUAAGGAAAAAAAGAAAGAAAAAAGAAAGAAAGAAAAAAGAAAAAACGAGGUUUCUAUGGCGGUGGCUAGAUUUAACGUAAAAAGAGAAUACGGGUCAAGCUUUUUUUUUAUAGCGACAAGGGCAAUCCCGCGAUAAUGCAGCCCGAUUCUCUCUGUGUUGUCUCUCUUUCUCUCUCUCUCUCUCUCUCCCUUUGGGAUUCUCGGUGUGUAUAGAAAGAGAGAGGGUUCAUUGAAAACAUACUUAUUUUCUCUAUCCGCAAUUGGCCCAGCAGGAAUCUCACCUUGAAUCGUGCGCGUUCUCUAAUUGUGCGUUUUCAAUGUUAGGUUAUGUUUACAGUGGUCACGGAAUAUCGUAAAAUAAUUUCAAUAAUUUCGAAUGAUUUGCUCUUUCUGGAAUAUUUGAGUGAUAACUUGAAAGUUUUUUGUUAAAGAUAUUUUCUUUCUUUCUUUCUUUUUUUCGCGAGCUCGAAUUUCAUGAUUUCGAUGUUCUACGCAGACAGUCCGCAGACUUCGAAUUCGUUCGGAUGGACUCGGCAAAAAUCGGAUACGUUCGGUUCGUGAUUCUAUUAUUAAAAGUAACAGACCGAGAUCGUUUAAUUAAUGUUGAACCGAAAUUGAGCUAUUCUUACCGAUCUUACUCGAAUUUUUCCGAUUUUCGGAAACUCGGAUUCUCGAUAUUAGGAGCCAUUUCGCACAUCUGUUGCACUUUUGUCGAUUUUUACGUUUCGAGUUUUUUUUUUUUUUUACUUACAAGAACAAAUUAUUACACGAGCUACCUAUUUUUUCGAUAAGGUAUUUUUCAACAUUCCUAAAAUUUUUUAUAUUCUUCUUUCGCAAUCUUUUUCUUUCAAAAUAAUGAUUAUUUUGAUUGUACGGUGCAUUGGAGUAGAAGUUUCUUUGUUGAAAUUUCAUAGGGAUAUGGGAAUGCGAAAACAUGGUAAACUGCGCGAAUAGAGAUGUUAUUCUAAAGGAAUGAAAUUUCGUUGCUUUUGAACUUAGAAGGGAAGAGAGGAACCUCGUAUUUUUCAUCUUUUGUUUAUCCUAAAAUUUAAUCUAUUUUCCUCGCAUAUAUUUUUUAAUUAUUGAUAGAUCAAAUUUACGAUUCUUUAUGCGAGAGAAUAUUUUUAAACAUAAUAUAAAUAUAAAGUACAUAUUAAUCUUUUACUUUUCAUUUUAUAACGAAAGAAUUAUAUUCAUCUGCGAUUCUUUUUCUUUUAUUCGAAUAACUAAAUUUCAGUUACUUGUAGUGUAAAAUUAAAGAACGCGUUUUUAUCGUUAUUCCCUCGAAUAAAGCCUGUGUUGUUUCAUCGAACAAAGAUGAGUGCAUCCGCGUUUUUGAUAGUGUGAAUACGUUAUCUGGCGAAUCGCAUACGUAGAACCGGAAACGUUUAUCGAUUUUUCAUCUAGCCAUUUCUGUAUCGGUGUAAAAUGCAGAGAUAGGCCGACACAUCACUCUAUAUUCAACGAUCAUAUUCGUCAAGAUACAUUUUUCGAAUAAAGCGUAUAAAUCAAUAGCUUUAUUCUUACUCUUUUGCUUUGUUUUGUUUUUCUUCUUUAUUUUUAUUCCAAACGAAAACAAUUUUGUUCUUCAUACGAUAAAUGAAAAAAAAAAGAAAAUUCGUCGUAUUUGCAUAUUUAUUUUCAAACGAAAAUCGCUCGUUUUUUAUCGCAUUUGAGGCAUUAAACAUGUUUUGAUCGUUUUUGCGUAACAUUUCAAAGGGAAGACAAGUUGAAAGGAAUUUCUAGUGAUACAUCAACUUUGCAUGUUUUACGAUCCAACGUGAUCUCUAAAUGGAGAUCAUAAAAAGAAAAAAUAAAUUUUACAUUGAUAGUUACUUUCGAAGAUUUUUUUUUUCGAAGGGUUUUUUUUUAAAUUUAGCGAUAUGCAUAAAUCUAUAAUAUGUAUAAUAUGUAAACGUGUGACAAUUUAUAAUGAAAAAUAUAAUGAAAAAUUUUACGUGCAUAAAAUAAAUUUGAAAUAUAUUAAUUUUUUCACUUGAAAAGAAACUCUUCUCCGUGAUUUUUUUCGGAAGAAUCGGAAAGAAGAUAGAGAAUAUUAACAUAGGUCACGUCGUGAUUACUGACAUUCCGAGUAACAUAUCGACUAAAUCAAAAAAUUCUUUCAAAUCUGCCGCAUAAUUUAAAAUUUAUUUAUUCGAAUUUAUUUUCAUGAGUCUGCGAAUUUACAGUUUCGAAAUGACCUAUGUCAACUAUUGAAAGUUCAAUUUGUGUCUCGACCUCAGCCUUCGACCUAUAACUGCCCUAUUGCAACAAAACUUCCGUUCGAGGCAACGAGAAACGGCCCACCAACAGAAGACCUCCAUAUUGGCGCGAUAUUCCGUGAACGAAAUCAGUAAGAGAUCGAUAUAAACGAGACUAUCCUUUGUAUACACAUCUUGCGACCGCGAAAUUUCUUGGCCGCACUGCGUUCGCGAGAGGGUGGCGCAUACUCGUAUGACAUGUGUGUGUAAAUACGUGGCGGCUACGUUGGCCGCGGCCGGCGCGUACGCGCGACGAAAAGAGGGAGGGAUCCGUUAUUGAUCUUCUCUCGUCGCGUACGAGCGGUUUCCCUUUCUCUUUCUCUCUCUAUUCCCCGAACAGGGAAACGUAUCGGAGCAGGGUCGGCCGAGCGAUCGCGAUGGUCGACGACAGCCACUCGCGACGAGAGCUCGACGCGUAUUGAGAGAGGCAACUCUUCUCUCGCAUUGCCUGUUCGGAACGAGCGUUGCGCGGUUCGGGCAGCCUGACCGGGAAGCGUGGCCAGGCAACGGAGGUAGCCGAGACGCGGCGAAGAUAGCCGAGCGCGGCCGAGCUCGAACGUCGGCCGAGCGUUCGUCGUUCGAAGCUAGUGGCUCAGUGCAUGCACAGCGGCCGGCCGGCGUGCAUAGUCGGUGAUAACGGCAGUGCGCUUCCGGCCCCUUUACUCUCUCUUUUUCCUUUGGGGGAUAUUUCUCUUUCUUUCUCUCUUUUUUUUUUAUUGCCACACUUGCUUCGUACGAAAACGUGUACGACGCAACAAGCAUUAAGAGAGGCGCCCUCGUGCUCGAGCCGACAUAGCCACCGGGCCUCGGGGCCCGGGGGCCAACCCAACGUAACACGCGGUUAUGGAGCUCCUAGGCUCGUCCCGGUGCGGAAGCAGCUACGAUAUCUGUGCGCGGGCGUUACCCCGUCGUUCUUCUCUCGCGUACUAGUUGUAUAGAAACUCCGCCGCGGCGACAACCAGGCCCUCCACAUUCCGCUAAAGGUACCGCAUUCAGGAUAUCGUUACUCGCGUUUCUCUUUUUGUGCGAUGGACACCUCUUAUCUCUCUUACGUGAUGCUCAUCGACAAUGGGAUUUUCUGAGACUUUAUACGAAAGACUCUGUACGAAAUUGGGUUGUAAUCAAUUAGAAGAGGAAUUACGGACGUUGUUUCAUCUUUUCUUUACUUUCGGGUGAUAUUUCAGAGUGGGUGAAUUUAUAUUAAAAGAAUUAUCGUGUUUCUUAAAUCAUCGUACACAAUGAUAAAUAAGCGAUCACGAUCGAAUGUAAUCCGCUAAAUUUUUCUCGAGUUGAAAUCUCGUGAAAAGUGUUUCUUCGCAAUGACACCCGUUCUCUUUCAUUUCACCGCGAGAUUUGAUCGUAAACGACGAGACGUUCGAGCGAUAGGAAACACGGAAACGAACACACGCAACCAUGCUCCUCCCUUUUCUCUCCUCCCUGCUCACUCUUUUUCUCGUCUUUUUCACCAUUUUUCUCGUGGCUCGUACACUCUUUGAGAGCGCACUCUCGCCACACGGUUAUAAUUGCUGCUCCGUAAGCUGAAAAAAGGAAAAAAAGAAGAAGUCUCGGUGAAAAAUCGAGGUCGAAGGGAACAAAGAGAACGGCCUUUGUUCUUGCCCAUUUUUAUUUCUCUUCUCCCCGGGGAAGAGAAGAGAGAAAUUCUUGCUCCGGUAUCUUAUCGAGAAAAAGGGGGAGGAUCUCGUUGUUUACCUGACGUAUCAGACGCCUCCGUGCCAUUAGCAACGACGAUUUACGGAAGAAAAUCGACAAUGUGGCUGCCACGAUUCCAGAUUUAUAGAGAUUUCGAGACGUGUCAACCACGUGCUCGACGUUCACCUCGAUGCUUUUUUUUUUAAAGUUCGAACCGAGUUGAAUACAAUUUAAAAAUUGUAAAUCUGGUUCUCUUUUAAUAUGGUGAUAUGCGGUACCAGUGGCUCGUGUUUGGAAGGGACGAUCGCUUGAGCGCGGAAUCGAUCGCGUGAAACCCGGCCAGCCGAUCUUCGAGUCCAGGAUGAUGACGAUGACGAUCGUGUCUGGGGACGUGUCCGAAACGAGACGUUCGAGAGAAACGCACGAAACAGCCGGUUGGGGACGCAGAACAGGACGAUAGUCGGGAUUGCCGAAGAGGAGGAAAUCGUGGCGAGGUUAAGAUUAAAAAGAGCAAGAGAGACAAACACGCGAACACGUCCGGAUGAAAAGGGACGAAGAGAAGGAAGAAAGAAGAAAGGGAGGGGAAAGAGGUAGUGGAAUUCGUUGCUGGAACAAUUAGCAAGAGGAAGGGAAGGAAGGAAGAAGAGAAAGCAGGAAAGCUGGCGUCCCAAUCGCGCGAGGGCAGCUCGCGCGGGACUCGGACCCGUCGACGGACCACCACCAAUGGCGGCUCGUUGUCAAGUCGAGGCAGCGCCACGGGCAUGCAGUGCGGCCUGUGUGCCGUGGUCGCGGGGCUGUUCAGGCGAGCGAUGUGCAUCGCGGGCAGCAGACGUGGCUCGGGCGAGUCCUGCUACCAGGAGAUCACCCCGGACACCCAGACGCGGCGCCACUCGCAACUAGCGCCCAUCGAAACCGGGCUCAAGGCUGCCGAGAUAGCGGAACACGUUAAAGAGGCUGUUGAGACGCAGGAGAGAAGAAGUGCGGAGAUAACGGUGGACAGUGGGGAGGAGAAUGUGUUCAUCCGCAUUUCCGAGAGCGCCACGCUGCCAACAUCCGGCGUAUCGGCCACGUUGGCGGAAGUCCGCGAUGAACCAAGGACGGAAUCCGCGUUCAGACGUUUGUCAGAGGUCGAUCGUAUCCUUCUCGAGAGUUUGGAUAUCGGCCGCUCGAGACCGAGGCCGACCGGUCGAUUCCUGACAAUGCACAAGAGAAGGCGUAAGAGGCUUACCACGAGAUCCUUAACCGAGGAGCCUGGUAUCCUGGACGAUAUUUUCCAUGGUCUGGUCCAGUGUGUAUUACAAAAGGCCGGAAACUGGCGGUUUAAUGCAUUUACACUGGAAACGGUAACAGGAGGACGUUCGCUGCCAGUAUUGUGCGUCCAUCUUUUUCAUUGGUAUGGUCUUCUACAAUAUUUCAAUCUGGAUGUAGUUACUGUAUGGAAAUUAUUCGCCUUUAUCGAAGAGGGUUAUCACAGUACAAAUCCUUACCACAACAGUAUACACGCGACCGACGUGACUCAAGCGAUGCAUUGCUUCCUCCAAGAGGAAAAAAUCAGAACACACUUAACCAACUUGGAGAUUAUGGCUUCGCUGAUUGCUGCGGUGACGCACGAUCUGGAUCAUCCGGGCGUCAAUCAACCGUUUCUGGUUGCCACGAGCAACCACUUGGCAGCUCUCUAUCAAAACACAUCGGUACUCGAGAAUCAUCAUUGGAGGUCGGCGAUAGGUUGCCUUCUUGAGAGUGGAGUUUCCGAUCAGUUACCGGCACACGUGAGGCCAGAACUUCAACGACAUAUAAGCUCAUUGAUUUUGGCCACAGACAUCACUAGGCAGCAAGAAUUUCUCAUUCGAUUCAAACACUAUUUGGAUGAGAAUUUGCUGGAGAUGAAACGUGCGGACGACCGGCAUUUCAUUCUACAAAUAGCCCUGAAAUGCGCUGAUAUAUCGAACCCUUGCAGACCUUGGGACAUUUCGCAGAAAUGGUCGCACAAAGUAUGUGAAGAAUUCUUUCGACAAGGCGAUUACGAACGACGUUUGAACCUUCCAGUGACACCAUUAUGUGAUCGACAUACCACUAGCAUACCAAAGAUACAGGCUGGAUUCUUUAAAUUUGUCGUGACGCCUUUAUACGAGGAAUGGCACCGUUUCCUAGGUGAUGGUCUUAGUGUUUCAUUAAUGGAACACCUGCGAGCCAAUCAAAAGAAAUGGGAAGCGUUAAUUCUCCAAGAAACUGCAAAGGAUAUAGAAACGGAAAUCUCAGAAUUGGAAGAGACAGAAUUGGAAGAUGCCAUCAGUACUGCAGAAGAUCCAGCUGCCGACGAGGAUACAGAAAGUAUUGAUUUAUUGAUACCAGCUGCAUACGUUCAUUCUUCUAAAAUGCAAAGUUUGCCAGCGCGAAUUGGUUUGGAACGCGUUGGAAGACGGCAUUCCGUGCCAUUAAGUAUCACGAAACCUAUGACACUUUUGCCACGAAGUAACGUGAGACGUGAAAGUUUACCAAGCGAACAAAGUAAAUCGAGGAAUCUUGUGUGGAAACUCGACGAACAAAAUCUUUUAGAUCCAAAUUCAUUAUCUUUAUUGUCGUCCAAAACUAGUAUAGAACUUUCUCCGAGCGGCAGUAAUGCAGGGGAAAGACCGGUCAGUGCUGAAAGUCUUUUGCCAGAACCUAGCAUAGCUAGUAUCACUAACAGUACUGAAGCAUCGAGAUUAAGUACGGUAUUGCAAUCGGAUGAUCAAAAGUCAAAUACGCAAACAAAACAAUUAACAAGACAACAGACUUUCCCUCCAUUGCAACCGUAUAUUAGAGUAAGAUACCUAUCGACGACCGCAGAAAUGUCGCAAUGUUAUUCCCAAAUAUUAUUAGAAGCAGAUAGCGCAUCAGCAUCCUCUUCAUGUUCGAUGAAAGAAAAAUCGUGUUCGGAUGGUCAUUGUGAUACUUCUCCUACAAAGGAAAUAGAGUCUAAUAACAUUAUAAUGUCGAAAGAAAUAGAUUUAAAUAAGAGAAGCUCCUUAAUUCCGGAGACAUUUAGACAAAAAACAGAACCAGUUGUUGAAUAUCCACGCCGUCACUCAGUUCAAACAAUUCGUAUCGAAGAUGUCAACUUCAAAAAUCGUUAUAAGCGACCAACGUCUGCUCAAGGAACAGAUUCUACACAAGUUUUUUACACAUCGUUGACCAAUUCACGUACCGAUAAAGAGAGAGGUAGCAUUGAAGAAGAAUCUAAAUUGAGCGAUAUUUCCACUUCGAAGAUAAAAUUGGAAAGUGAAAGAUCGAUAAACGAAGACCAACGGACUACUAUGGUAACAUUAAAUAAGUCUGAACAGUGUGGUUCGAUAGCGAUUAUUGCAAAAUCGAAGUGCACCAACUCCGAAUUACGAAGAUACUCAACUCCUGUGCCAGAAACUAAGACAAUAAUGACUGAUGCUGGUGGUAGACGAUUUACCGCGAUACCAGUGUCAUCCGAACUUAGCACGCAUAAAGUGUUCUUCAUCGGUAGCCCACCAGACUCACCACCCCUCGUUCAAAGCGUAUCUACGUCAAAUGAAAGUGGUAGCGAUUUACGAAAAGGAGAUAUGAAUAACGAAAUUGUUUCUACUUGUAAUAAACGAGAUUCAGAUUCUGCAAAAGAAAGGAGUUCGAAAGUAGCCAAAUUAAGUCUAGAUAUGCAAAUGAAGGAGAAUGUCGAUCCACGAGCGGUAGAAGAUACAAAAGGAAUUGCUUUAUGCAGAAAGGGAAGUCAGUCAUGGACUAGACGACGUGGAUCUGCUCCAGUUGGUCUUUUAUCUAGAUUGGAUGAUAUCACAGUACCAUCUAUAACUAGAGUUGAUCACACUUCCAGACGUGGUUCCGUACCAAAUGACAUUACUAGACAACAAAAUGGUGGUUUUAAUAGAUUAGCAUUAGGACCUCGAGAGGGUAAUGUUGCAGCACCUCGAAGAGCAAGUCUUCCACAAGAAACUGCUCUUGGAAAUCUUCUUGGCAAUAUUUUGUCUUUAACCAAUGAACGAGAGAAUCUCCCAAUAAAUAAUAACAAUAAUAAUAAUAAUACUGGAAGUAGCAACAAUAACGGAAUAACAAGAAUAAUUGAUAGCACUGGCCCUGGCAUGCCGUCGCCGCGGCGAGGUUCUGUGCCGGCAGAUAUAUCUGAAUUACGUCGUGAUAUGUUCAAUAGGAGUAGCAUAAACGGUAAGCCUCGUAAUCGGAAAAAAAUAUUGAAGAGAAGGAGUUCUGGAGGACCAGAAAUGUUUUCUGGAGGAUCCACAGAUGGAAACGAUAAUGGCACAUGGCUUAAAUGGAAGAGAGAACUAGGAAAAAAGGAUUCGAUUCCUGAACCGCUCGUCAAGCGAAGAGGUUCCCUGCCCAUAGAGAUGGUGGCCAUUUCUCAUGCUGGAUCAGGAUCAGGAACACGAAGAUCCAGCUUAUGGAGACUUUAGCAUGCAGUAGAAACAAGUGGACCGUCCGUGUUAUCAGCGGUUGACAUUAGAUCAUCGAAUACUACCGUACUGGCAGUCUUUCCUUACAACAUUAACAGCAACAGCGAUGAUUGACUUCCACGUUUCUAGUUUAAACUGGAACAUUGCAAAACUGGAACUCUUCUAACCAACUAUAAUUGUGGGCAAGUGAAUUUUGUAAAAUUAAUCAAGAUUUCUAUAAUAAUAUUUGCAAUAAAAAACAAAGAAAAAUGUUCGCGAUUUAUUCAGUGAUCGCUAGUAAUAAUUUUAUUGCCGCAAAUAUUACAUGUAUUAACGCCUAUAAUAAACAAAGUAAAAAAUCUAUUCUAACACAAAUGGAUAUACUUAUGUAUAUCUUUGAAUAAUGAAAAAAAUACAAAUUCAAGAUUGGCGAAUUGUAAUAUAAAAUUUUGCGACAGGGUUAAAUAAUAGCGAAAGAAGAAUGAAAAAAUUAUUCUUCUUCGUCAUAUGUUUGUGUGGAACUAGUAAAACAAAGUAUUUACACAUAUUAGUUAUGUGAGCUCUAUAUCCAUUUGUGCCAUACACAAAUGUUGUUGAAAACGAGAUACAGUCAAACACAGGGUUCAAUAUGACGAUUUUAAUAAUUAAAAUGCCUAGGUUCGGAGAAGGAAAAAAGACUGGUAGACUCACCGCUAUAAAAUUAGACACUUUAAAAGUGGCACAUAUAUUGAUUGAAAUGUAAUGAAAUUUGCUCAUAGUUAAGGAAAUUAACAUUUUUGAAAAUAAUUGGAACAAAAUGACAUUUAUCUUUAUUUAGUUAAUCAUUUUUAGCAUAUGUCAUCCCAUUAAAUAUUAAAUACAUUUUUGCACCUAUCUCAAAAUAUAAUUUUUUGUUAACGAUAUUUCUUAAUUAAUGAUAAAAUGCAAAAGAAAUUGAAUUUAUUAUUAAAUCAUAAUAAUGAAGACAUUUAUUGUUAAAAUCCAAUAAGAGAAAGUAAUGGCUAUUAAAAAUAAAUAUAUACUCAAUAUCAGAUUGUAAUUUUUUUUGAACUCUAACGGAAAUCAACAUAGACAUUCCAUUAAAACAGAUAGCGUGCAAUGCAUAAUAACAUGAAUGAGAAUUAAUCAUGAUAAAGUUGUAAUUAUCGCUAUUUAUCAUCAUUCAUUAUACUAUCAUAAUCAUAAUUAUCACUAUUGUCAUCAUCGUUGUUGUUAUAGUUAUAAAUGAAAUCUUAAUGACCGUUCAAGUAGAUAGACAUUGUAAACUUAGGAAAUAAUAAUAUAUGCGUUUAAUCUCAAAGUUAAUUAGUUAGUGAAUUGCGUGAAAUUAUAACUAUGAUUGUUUAUUACCAAUGAAAACUAAAGAUGGUUAUGAUGAAUGGGUUUACGGUACGUGAACCGAGAAAAAUCAAAAACCACAAAAUUCGUUCAUAUUACCUCUUAGAAUAUUAAUUCAGUAAAAAGCGUUUAAUUAAUAAGUUUUAGUUUUAUAAAGUACAAUUAUUAAACUGCCUGUGCACAAACGGAUUCAACCGUUAAUUUGUUUUAUUAUAAAACUUCUGUUACUAUAAGAUUAUUAUUAUGCAAAACGUAAUCCUAAAUAGCGUUUUAAAUUAUGUUUUUUAGAAAAUAAGAAAAAUAAUAAUUUAUAUCACGUACUGUUAUAACCUAUCGUCCCUCUAACUAUCAGAAAGUAAAAAAUUAUUAUUAAGCCAUUGCAGUUCAAUAAUAAUAUAUACUGAAUCUAAGUUUAUAACUAAUCAAAGUAAUAAUUGAUAUCUGUAUUGAUGUAAUAUAAAUAGGUCACAUCCCAAGCAAAAUAUUACAAAGCUUAGCAAAUUUUCCUUGAUAAAAUAUCCAGAUCUUCUCAGUGCAGGAACUCAGAGCUUUAUGUGUAUUUCACUUAAAAUGACCAGAAAAGGUGAAACAGAAAAUCGCCUUAAAUAGAUUUCAAAUCUUUAAAUAUGAAAUAUGAAAAUGAUUCUUAAGUUUUCCUAUUUGUAAUUAUGCAGAAGUACUGCAUAAAUGACUUGUUGUAUAAGUGUAUUGACAAUUAAGUUAGCAUAAAACUACUAGUCUUUCUAACUCUUAAUAUAAUUUGUAUAUAAAUAUAAAUAUAUAUAUAAAUAUAUAUAUAAAUAUAUAUAUAUAUAUAUAUAUAUAUAUAUAUAAAACAUUUAACAAAAAAAUGCACAGAAAACGCCAAGGAACAACACAUUGAUGAUAGAUAUUGAAAAAUUUCAGUAAAAAAAUUUAUUUAUUUAUACUUCUUGAAAUACUUAACUUUACAGACAGACCAAUACAAAUGGGACUAAACAGAAUCUCUUUGUGAAAAUGAUAAUUAACUUAGCUUCUGAAUUAAAUUUGAAUUCAAUAUUAUACAUGACCAUUCUGUCCAACUACUUUUUGAAAAAUUUUGGCACUUAGAUAUACAUGUUCCCUAUAACAAUACAAAAUAUGCCUCAUUCCAAUAGAGAAUUAUUGAUGUUAUUCAAAAAUUCUCUUCUGCCAUCCUUUAGAUACUGUGUAUUUAUAUUACACUGUUUUCUAAGAUUAUAUCCCGGGAUGUGCAAAAUUAAUAUAAAAUUAUUUAUUGAUUAUUACUUUAUAAGAAUGGAUGUUAUAGUAGAAUGAUAUGAGAUACAAUGCAUCAAGCAAUGUUUAUGCUCAUAUAAAUAUUAAUUUUUUUAAGCUAAAAUAUUAUGCUGUUAAAUCAUUAUGAAUUUUUAAGCUAUUGCUGAAAUUUUUUUUUCUAUUUUAUAUUAUCAUUUUAUUUACAACAAAGUAUCAGUAAAAAAUUCUAAAUAUUCAGGAAUAUUCAUUUUAUUUAAAUUAUUAAUUAUAUUAAUAAAAAUUUGAAAUUAUAUUAUAUAUUUAUAUUAAAUAUAAUUUUUUGCAAUUUAUUUUAUUUUAUAUUUAUAUAUUAAUAAUCUUUUAAAUUAUAAAUUUUAAAAUCCUAAAUUGCUAUAAUUUUUAUUUUAAAAAAAUGUUUACGCACAUGAUAUCUAAUAAAAAUCAAAUUAUUUAUAUUUUUUUUUAUUAUUUUUCUCAAAUAUAUAUAUAUAUAUAACACGAGAUUAUAAAUAAUUUUUUAUUUAUAUUCUAUUCACAAUAACAAACUAUAAUAAAAUGACAAUUAAUUGUCUUAAAAUUAAUAUUUUAAAAUAUUUAUAGGAUAAAUAAUUAAAACAAAUGUAUGAGUGACAUGGAAACGCUUGUUCAUAAAUUUAAUAAAACAAUUAAAUAAAUCAGGUCUUUCCCUUUAAAGUAAAAAGUGAAUACCAUAGAGUGAAUUGUAUCGUUUUUUUAACUUUUUUUUUUUUUUUUUUAUUGAAAAUAUUGAAUUUUAUAAUUAUCAGCAAAAGCGUGCAAUUCGCAGUAUUGGAAAUGUCAAUUAACAAGUAACAAUUUGUAUGUAAUCGGUCUGAUGAUAAGAAAGUCAUUAUGUAUUUUCUAUAAUAUUACCGGUAAAUAGCUACUGCGUUAGAUACAAUUAAAUAAUGUGUUCUUAUCAUUCGUAAUUAAAUUAUAUAAUGUUGUGUGUGUUAAUAAUAAAUAUAAAAUGCGAAAUAGUAUGAACUGAAUACGUGCAUAUAUGAUCGCGAUAAGAAUGUGAGUGUAGUUUAAUUUAUUGUCCUAUUUAUGAUGGGCAGUGUGAGAAAAAGUUAAUAUAUAUGUAUAUGUAUGUGAUGGCUCUACAUGGCCUAUUAUAUUAUUAGAUCGAAAUUAUUAUAGUGGAUAAUUAUAAUACCCAAAUUUUCUAUAAUUUUGAUUUGGUUAUAUUGAUUAUUUAUUUCAUGAAUGUACAUAAAAUUUUAUCUGUUAUACAGGAAAUCUCCAUUAUAAGUUUAAAACUGAAUACGUGAUACGAUAUGUAAAUCCAUCUUCUUUAUUAAAAAAAACAAAAAUUA